GGGGGGGGGGGGGGGGGGUGUGCGACUCUAUGCUAGCUGGACACAAGUUGGGACAGACGAGCUAGCUAGCUUGCUAGCACUCGGCGUUAGGUGAAAUUUAGCCGAAGAAGGGAGCGAGGCACGCGGCCGAAAGUGUCUGCGAGAUGGGCUUACUGAGUGAAGGGUCUCCGCUGAACUGGGAAAAUACCAAGAAGUAUGCGGAUCACAUCAGAACGCACGGCAUCAUUCAGUUUGUCAACAUUUACAACAACCUGAAGGACCGGCAGAAGGAUGUGCUGAAAUGGGGCGAUGAGGUUGAAUACAUGUUGGUGGAACUGGAGGUCAAGAAUGAAAAGGUUCGACUGGUGCUGAAUGGCGGUCACGUUUUGGAUAUCCUCCAAGGCCAAGGUGAAAAGAUAAAUCCCAACCACCCCACACUUUGGAGACCAGAAUAUGGCAGCUACAUGAUAGAAGGAACUCCAGGGCAACCAUACGGCGGCACCAUGUCGGAGUUCAACACUGUGGAGGGAAACAUGGGGAAGAGACGACGAGAGGCUUCUUCUGUCCUGAACCAAAAUGAAAUUCUAUGUACAAUCACCUCUUUUCCAAGGCUGGGUUGCCCUGGUUUUACACAGCCUGAAUACCCACCAACGCCUGUUGAGAGCGGAGCGUCAAAGUCUCUUUUUUUCCCAGAUGAAGCCAUUAACAGACACCCAAGAUUCAGCACCCUCACCAGGAACAUACGACACAGACGAGGAGAGAAAGUCGCAAUAAAUGUGCCCAUCUUCAAAGACAAGUGCACGCCAUCUCCAUUUGUGGAGGAGUUUCCUGAAGAUGAUGGGGAGUCGGCGAGGGCAGCUCUGCCUGACCACAUCUACAUGGACGCCAUGGGCUUUGGGAUGGGCAACUGCUGCCUGCAGGUUACUUUCCAAGCUUGCAGCAUCGAUGAGGCAAGAUACCUUUAUGACCAACUGGCAACAUUCUGCCCGAUAGUGAUGGCACUGAGCGCGGCCUCCCCCUUCUACAGAGGCCACGUGUCAGACAUCGAUUGUCGCUGGGGGGUUAUUUCUGCCUCAGUGGAUGACAGGACACAGGAGGAACGUGGGCUGAAGCCUUUAAAAAACAACAAAUAUCGAAUCUUCAAGUCAAGAUAUGACUCCAUCGACAGCUACUUGUCUAAAUGUGGCGACAAGUACAACGACAUCGAUUUGACGAUAGAUGAGGAUAUCUACAAGCAGCUGUUGGGUGCAGGAAUUGACAAGCUACUGGCCCAGCACAUUGCUCACCUUUUCAUCCGAGAUCCGCUGUGCACCUAUGAGGAGAAAUUGCACCAGGAUGACGAGAAUGAGUCGGACCACUUUGAGAACCUCCAGUCCACCAAUUGGCAGACGAUGAGGUUCAAACCACCUCCUCCCAACUCCGACAUUGGCUGGAGAGUUGAGUUCCGCCCAAUGGAGGUGCAGCUCACUGAUUUUGAGAAUGCGGCCUAUGUUGUCUUUGUCGUCCUGCUCACCAGAGUGAUCUUGUCCUACAAACUGGACUUCCUCAUCCCUUUAUCCAAGGUGGAUGAAAACCUGAAAGUGGCACAAAAGAGGAAUGCCGUACAGGAAGGAAUGUUCUACUUCCGAAAGGACAUUUUCAAAGGAUGUAACCCAGGCCUGGAUGGCACCUCCUCGGCUCAGGACGGCACCUCCUCGGCCCAGAACGGCUUGGAGGCUGACGGACCUAAUGAGGAGUACACGCUAAUGAGCAUUGACAAUAUCAUCAAUGGAAAAGAGGGAGUUUUUCAAGGGCUCAUCCCCAUCCUUAAUUGCUAUCUGGAGAACAUGGAGGUUGAUGUGGACACUAGGUGCACCAUUUUGAAUUACCUGAAGCUUAUCAAGAAGCGUGCCUCAGGCGAGCUGAUGACAAUGGCCAAGUGGAUGAGGGAGUUUGUGGACAAGCACCCUGAGUACAAACAGGACAGCAUCAUCAGUGACAAGCUCAACUACGACCUCUUCGUGCGGUGCAACAGGAUUGCCAUGGGUAAAGAACAAUGCCCAGAGCUCAUUGGGAAUCCAGUCAACAAGUUCAAGUGAGAAACCUCACUUCCCAUGGCAACAUGUAUAAGACAACGACCAAAAUAUGUGGCUCAAGCUGAAAUCUUUUAAAAAUGUGAUAAAACACUGUUUUUAAAAACAAAACACAUCUGCAGCAAUCUUAUUUACUGUACAUAUACUGUAUCAGAUUUUAUGACUGGAAAUAUUUUUAAUAGGGUUAAGACAUGGUAAAGGUUAUCUCAUAGAAAUGGUGUAUUUAUUUUUCUCUGGUAAUCUCUGUGACAAUGUAAAUGUGGCAAAGAGUUGUACAGGAGAAUCUUUUUUUCCUCUACUGUUAAUACUGUACUCCGGAACUUUGCUACAUUAACAUGAUGCGCUGUGUCUUUCUGCAUCUGUGUGGGUUUCUCUUCCUUUUGGGGAAAAAUCAGUUUGAUUCUACCAGGAUGCCCUGCUUUACUUUACUCUGAAUCGUAGUCGCAGCCAUUUACAUUGUGUUACUGCUUCAAAUAAAUCUGUACGAUACA